GUGUUUUCAAGUAAACCAGGAAAUACACGCAGGAGAAGUGGUGCGUUGGCAAGUCCAGAGAAAUUUGGAGCAAAGUGCAAUAAAUGUGAGAAUCCCGUGGUUUUAAGAGCGCACGGAGCAGCGGGACGGUGUGUAAUGCAGACAUACCUCCACUGAACAGCCUUUACUAUCGAUACGGUUUACAAACCAGGACCAUGGGGAAGAAAGAUGCAAGUGCGACGAAGUUACCAGUGGAUCAGUACAGAAAACAGAUUGGUAAACAAGACUACAAAAAGGCAAAGUCAUUCCUCAAGGCCACGCGACUUAAAGCAGAAACCAAGAAAAAUUCAUCUGGAUUAAGGGAUGCUUUUUUGGUGGUGGUGGCGAUCCUGGUCUUUGUCCUCUGUGUGUACGCCUUCUUCUACCUGAACCUCAGCACUGAAGUCGACUUAGACGUGGAUGUGGACUAAAAAAAACAACUGGAAAAGACCAAAUGUGCUGCUCCUGUCCUUAAUGUUCCCUGGGACAAGAGCGACUGGACCAGUGGGAUCACAUGAUUAUCAAAACACUCAAUCUGACUGUUAUUUUUUGAACUUUUUCUUCAGACACAUCAUGGGCAAUGGUUUGUUUUCUAGUCCUUCUGUAUAUUUCUAUUCUGUAUACGUUGUUGUUUUGUGGACGAGUGAUAGCAUUGAUUUUAUUCUAUCAUGUUUAGCAACUGAACCAAAUUCCAGAGUUCUUCUAACCAUCCUUGGAAACACUUGCCUCUUGGUCACAUCUGUUUCACAAAUUUCCACCAGCCCAAAGACAAUAACCUUUUUGUAAUCGACAGAGAUAAAAGCCGUCACAUUCACAUCCCAUUUAUUUAUUUUUUUCUCAAUAAUGGAAAAUUGUAAAUAUUGUAUCAGGAAACAUGCUGGCCUUUAGUUCUGAUGAUUGCAGUUUUUGAGAUUAGGAUCCACAAGUCAUGCUCCUGAUUACAUUUCUGCGCAGAAUACAGAACAAUUUAUUCUAUCUGUGAACAAUACAUUUACCAGAUUAGCAUCACAAACAUGCUAAUCUUUUGAAUAGAACAGCGAAUAGCAACCUGAGUUGGAAAAACACCCUCAAAGUUCUUUGCAAUACAUUCAACUGUUUUAAUGCAAUGUUUUGUACAGUAGUUCUAAGCAAUACCAAUGUCUUUUGUCAUAAAGACCAAAUCUUUAUGACAGUGCAAGAUGUUUAUAUUUCAGCUUUUUCAGAUUGUUGCACAUAAUAUUUGAAGUAAAUUGUCUAUACAAUUCAAUAAUGUUAAAGUGCACUUGAAGACAGAGAAGUAGUUCAUUUAGAAAUGUCUGUGCUGAAGUCAAGGCCAGAAUCAAGGCUGCAGAAAUGUGCUCUUAUGGCUUUAUGUCUGAGGAGCUUCACGUCAGCCAUGUUCUUUUGUAGCCCAUAUGUAAGAUGAAUCACUAAAACAUGACUGAAUGGAGAAAGUUCUGAAUCAGACAAAUCCUUGCCGUAGAUGAGAAUCCUGUUUGGCAGUUGGUGGUAUACAUAAGGAUAGGAGCAAUCCAGAAUUAUAUCUCUCUGUAUUUUUUAUGCAGAUUGAUAUCAGUCUGGUCCCCUUGUCCUCUGUUGCAUUUCAAGCCCAGUCAAAGUGUUUGUGCAAUCAUAUUUGUAGAUUUUCAGUGGCACAUUUGAAACAAAGGAGCUCAUUGGUUGCCUAUGAUUUACAAAUAAAAUUUUUAAAAAACUCAAAUUUUUCUCACCUCAGUUUAACAGAGUUUAGUGCUUCCCUCAUUGAUUCUGCAGAAAUCCACAAUGUUUUUUAGCUCACUAUGAUAUUUUUUUCUUUUAUUUUUUUCCGAUACGGACAGACUACGCUUGUCCCUGAUUUGCUAAUCCACCAGUAAAUCACGGCCAUUUGAAAAUGGGGAGAUUUACCGACUCACAUCUUCCUAAAGUCUUGAAGAGGUGUGUGUUCUGGAUCCGGUGACUCAAACUGGGGCUGCUUCACUAUGUGCCUUGUGCUACAAGGUUAGCCACCAAAGUAAUACCAUGUCACUCUAAAUAUUUCUGCUGGAUCUAAACGACUGCAAUCAGUGUAUCAAGUUGACACAUUCACACAAUGUCAAAAGUUGGACCAAUCUUUUUUUCUUUUUUCUUUUUUAUAAUAUUAACUUGACUAGGAUAGUAAAACAGUGGUGGAACUUAACAAAGUAGAAGUAGUAAAGUGCUGUACUUGAGUAAAAAUGUAGCUAUCUGUGCUUUCCUUAAGUAGAUAAGAAGUGGAUACAUCGUACUUGUACUUUAGAGCAGGUAUCUGUACUUUCUACUCCACUACAUUUUUUAACCGGAAAAGUAAAAUAAUUGUUAUUAUUGUUUGACACCUGCUGAAAUCCUGAGGGUUUACUUUUAACACAUUCAUAAUUUGAAGUGCUUUAAUCUAGUCUUAAAUUGAUUUUUUUUUUUCAUGUGAUACAUUUACUUUUACUUGAGUUACUUUUUUUUUUUUUUUUUUUUUUAUGUUCCAGUAUCUGCACUUACUUAAGUAACAAAAAUUAGUACUUCUUCUGCCACCGGUAAAGAGUAAUAUGGUGCAAGUAUGUGACAAGACAUGUUUCUCAUUGUUUCUACACAGCGUUGUUUAGUUAAAUAGUUUCAUUUUCAUGCAUUUGCAAACCCAGACAAAUGGCCUUCUGUGUCUGUGGACAUUUGAGACAGAUUUUAAGCUUUCAGUUUCUGCUUUUUCCCCUCAGUUUCUCCCAUGACCUCUGACCUCUUGUAAAAUCCAACAUGUCAAAGAAACCAUUAUGAUAAGCCUGGCCCGUGCCCUCAGCCCAGCUCUGCACUAUAAGGAUGGUACCUCCUCCACUGCAGUACGACUCUACCCAUGUAACAAUAGACAGCAAUGCAUUAUGCGUCUCCAGAUAUGACACCUGUUAUCUGCAGGGUCACCAUUAGCAACAAGAGGUACCCUGACUUGAGCACAAAGAGCAUUAGUGCAGGUCAGUGUUUACCAGGGUCAUUUUUCAGCUGCAGUAAUGAGCAUGAUGCGCCUGUAAUGAGGAGCUCAAGUGUUUUUGUAUAAGCCCAUUCCACUGACUGUGAUCUGACUGUGAUGUUAAACAGGACCAGGGCUGAUUCUCAAUAAAUUUUAUACUUUGUGUAAUCUUU